CGGACACCAUCAUCAACCCCAGAUCCACCGGCUAUCUGGCACAGCACCAAUCACUCCAUCUCCGAACUAAUGCCCUCGACCUCAUUCCGGCCCUGAACGCCCUGAAUAUUAUUGUUGCUCCGAGCUCUCGCUCAAAUCACUUUCCUUGAUCGCCCUCCUCAUCCUCUCUAUUCCUUUUCCCAACUGUCAGCGCAACUCAUUCGAUUACCCACGGGUGCCUAAUCACCACCACAUCGUGGUCAGGAUACAUGUGUCAGGAGUGUCCCAGUGCUGGUUAUUGCUUCAACUGGGUUUGAGCAUACAUCUAUCUGGUGACUCCCUGAAGGAGAGAGACUUGUCUACCUUGACUCUCGACUCUAGCACCCUUUCAUCGCCCUCAAUAAAUCCCCUCCAAAGCAGAGUCACCAUGUCUACACACUCGACUCUGAUCAAACCCCCCAAGAAUCUCCCCCACCACUCCCCUAUCGAAAAUGUCCUGUCCCUCCUACCACUGCUCGACAUUGGACCCGACAUCUACACCAAUGCUCGUCCUCUGUGGCAUCCUCCGGGCGCCAGAGGCAUCUUUGGUGGUGCAGCCAUCGCUCAAUGUCUUUCUGCCGCCCAAGCCACCAUCCCCAAGGACUUUACCGUCCAUAGCAUGCACUGCUACUUUGUCCUCGCCGGCAACUCGGAGAUCCCUAUCCUAUAUCACGUUGAACGAGUCCGCGAUGGCAAGAGUUUCAUCACCCGUACAGUCCAAGCCCGGCAACGAGGAAAAUGUAUCUUCACCACCACUUUGUCUUUCAUGAAAGAAGGUGCUGGAGGCAAACUCAAGGUCGAACAUGCAUCCCGGUUGCCUCGCGAUGUUGCCCCUCCCCCCGAGCUCGACCCCAACAAGGACUUUUGGCAGUUGAAAGCCAGUGGUGCCGUGGACGAACGACCCUUUGAGAGUGUGCGCGCAGGUUCCACUCGCCAUGCGGACCCCUCAGAACGUAAACUUCGCCAAUGGAUCCGCGCCAGAGGCCGCAUCAGCGACUGUCCGCCAGAUGUGCGCGAGCAGGAACUGAGCGACGGUGUGCGCGCAAAUCAGCCUGGAGAUAACCAUCAAGCCCACCUGUCGGCUCUCGCCUACAUGUCUGACAGCUACUUUGUCGGCACCGUUGCGCGCGUCCAUAAUUUGAUGCGCUUUGCCAACCCCAAGAGUAUCGAGGCCACCAUCGCCGCAUUCAAGGGUUCCGAGGAGGAGAAGGCGCAGACUCGGAAAUAUCUCCAGGAAAUCGCCAUGGAGGAAGAAGAAGAGAACAGGGAAUUUGGAAAGUCGGCCGCCAAGGACGAUCGCAAGAUCGGCAUGAUGGUCUCCCUCGAUCAUGCCAUUUUCUUCCACAACCCUCGCGCCUUCCGCGCCGACGAAUGGAUGUUGACCGAGAUGGAGAGCCCUUGGGCCGGUGAUGGCAGAGGUCUGGUCGUCCAGAGAAUAUGGAGCAAGUCCGGCACUCUGAUCGCCACUUGUACACAGGAAGGAUGUGUCAGGUUACAGCAGCCCAAGGAGACCAAAAUCUAAGUCGGUCGAGUUGGAUUUUUUGAGACACUAGCGGCUGAGCACUACGAGUACAUCUGCGUUUCGCCCUUGGACUAGUAGCAGGUGGUAUGUUACGUGUGUGCGUACGUUCACACGUCACAUGUCACACGUCACACGCACACGUACACAUGUUUUGUGUCGGAGUCUGGCUGCCAAACAUCAUAUGUGCCCUACGAUAUUGUUGAUUGUUUAUAUUUGGACUUUUCUUUAGACAUGUAGAAUUUCUACCACUGGUCUUCCAA